ACUGGAACUGGUCUCCGUCUAUUCCCCAGAAAAAAAGACCUGUGACGUUUCAGAGUUUACGCUUACCACAAAUAAAUACUGGAAUUAGUCGGUGUCCUCCUCCUCCUCCCCCGCGUGCUUUAGUUUCACCUGUUGACUCGGAGCGGGAUUCGGACAAAUCACACGGAGAAGAAAAGAACGUCUCCCGGGAAGUAUUUCAUGAACUAACUCAUUUAUGUGUCUGGAAGCCAAAGUUUGCUGAAGUGUUUCGGUUUGGUUGUGAUUAUGAAGCGAUCGUCAUAACUUCGACAGUUGGUUAGAAGUUCAUUUCCAGAAAUGCCCCUACAUAACAUGGAGAACUCCAGGAGCCGAUGGGAACAGGGGCCACAGCCGCCGUGGCUCACUCGAGUAGUAAGAGAGCAAAGCCCCGCCUCCUCCGGGGCGGAGUCAGACACAGAGAGCACAGAGAGUGAGAAGUCUUGCAUUAAAAAGCUGGAGGCGAGCUCGCUGAGGGUGCUGCCAUCAACCUCAGUACUCCAACAGCGAAUUGCAGAGCUCAACCAGCAGAAGGAGGAGAUAAAGAUUGAGCUGCAGCUGGAGAUCGCCCUGCUGCAGGGUGAGCUGCAGAUGGAGAAGGACCAGUUGCAGAAACACACACAAAAGAUUCAGAGUCUACAGCUGGAGGCCACACAAAGACAACAACACAGACAAAAUGAAAGACACAAGGAGCGAGAAAGGCUUGAAGAGGAGAGGAGUAGAGUGGAGGAGCUCAGGAGAAGGUUUGAGGAGAAUGAGAAAUUGAUGACCAGUCAGCCGGAGACCGAGCGAGAACAGCUAGCACUGCAGCUACAGCAGGAGAAGGAGACAAUUGAAGCAGCAGUUCGGGCAUUUGAGGACUGGGAGUUUCGUGUUCUGGAACAAGAGAGCGGCAUUGAGGAGGAAGGCGAGAUUGCUGAGCAUGGAGAGAGUGAAGAGGAUUUACAAAAGGAAAUCUCAUGCCAGCAGCUUGCAAUGAAUACUGUACUGAAACGAGUCCAGCAGUUAGAAAGACAGCUGAAGGACAUGGAGACAGAGAAGGAAGCGGAGCUGCAGGCUUUGAGGAAAGAGAAGCAAGAUCUGCUCCAUACAGCUCAAACAGUUCUUAAAGAGAAGAAGCUGUUUUCCAACUGGGCGAGCAUCAACGGCUCUUCCCCCUACAUGAUGUCACUUCCAACUGUUCAAAAGCCUCCUCAGGAUUCAUUCAAAGAAUUUGCCAGUUUUCCGAGGAGACGGAGCUCACAUCGUGACAACAAGCCCAGCGACAGGCCGCUCUCGGUACAGGGAUUGUUGAGGCCAAAACCAGACAUCCAGACCCCAGAAGAAUUCACUUGCCCCAUCUCCUCCCACAGACUUGGCAACGGGCACAGACCUGGCCAGAGUAAUGGAGUCAGCCUCCUCACUCCGUGCAACAGUAACAACAGCUCUCGUGCUGCCAGCCCUUGUCUGUUGGAUCUGGUGGAGAUUGAGAAACUAAGGGAAGCCAAGGCGGAGAGAGAGAGACUGCUCAGAGAGAGGGAAGAGCGACAGCUGUUGUUGCUGCAGGAGAGAAGGAAGAAAGAGCUAAGCUCACCUCCAGUAGAACCACCAGAACCACAGACUCCACACAGGACAACCUCAGAACUACCGACCUCGCGCAGGACAACCUCGGAACUUCAGACCCCACACAGGACAACCUCGGAACUACAGACCUCGCACAGGACAACCUUGGAACUACAGACCCCACACAGAACAAACCCCAAACCACAGGAGCACCCAGAGACAAAUUGCACCCCGAACUCCCCGGAGCACGGCCUGCCACUCUUCCUGUUUCCUAAUUUUGACCUUCGGGCCCAUGUGGAGUCUCUGGGUCACGGGGUGGCCGGCUGCGUGGACCUGCGGCUGACGCCUCGACGUUGUGCCGGCUUCCUAACCAAACGAGGAGGGAGAGUGAAAACCUGGAAAAAGAGGUGGUUUCUGUUUGAUAUGGACCACAGGCGGUUAGCCUACUACACAGAUUGUGAUGAGAGGAAGCUGAAAGGAGUGAUCUACUUCCAGGCCAUAGAGGAAGUUUACUACGAUCACCUACGAACAGCCACAUCUUCUCCAAAGCCAAGUUUGACGUUCUGCGUUAAGACCUACGACCGGCUUUUCUUCCUCGUGGCUCCCAAUGCAGAAACUAUGAGGAUAUGGAUGGAUGUCAUUGUCACAGCAACAGACGAGCACAGCCGUUACUGACCUCUCAGAUGUGACUAUGUAAAAUAAACAAAACUGAAGCUACUGAGCCUGUGUGAGGGGCUGAGAGCCGCCUCAGAGGCCCAUGUUGUAUGUGGAGUCAUGGCAGUGUGAGACAGACAACAAAUGUGGAGGAAAUGUUGCUGACGUAUGGAUGGUUCAUUGUGACCACAGUUACCACUGAAGCCACACAGACUUUACCAGCCUGCUUACUGGCUAUGUUAACUCCUGGAUCAUGACCUCCCUCUAAUGGUGGAGACUCAGCAUUACAGGAGUGCUUCACGCUACACUAAAAAAAAAAGGCAAGUGGACACUUUGACAGCAGGACCUGUCCACCAUAAUACAAUCCUCUACAGUACCACUGAAAUAAAA